UUUUCCACGUUUAUCACUCAACUCUUUGCGUGAAAUGAUACCCGAAACUUUCGACUUUCAAGCAAAUAAAAGAAAAUCUUUUCGAUCGCAUCACAAUAAUCGAAAGAGAGAGUGAUUAAAGAGAAACUGUCACUUGCUUAUACGCCCUAAUGAAAAAUAAACCGAGAAAUGAGCCGAAGGUAAAACAAAAUAUCUUCUUGUUGCAAUAGUGUAUUUACUAUUCCGAAUCGGCUGCUGAAUUAAUUUUAAUCAUAAAUGGAAACAACUAGUGACCGAAAGUUGUGCUCAUCAACAGAAGAUAUGAAACUCGCACAAAACUUUGAUCAGCAGAUACAGUUUCCUUUGGAACAACUACCAAUCAAACCGACACAUACCCAUGAUUGCGAUAUCUGUGGUAAAGGAUUCACCAAGGACAGUAAGCUGAAGGAGCACCGGAAUUCUCACACUGGUGAAAGACCGUUUGCGUGUGGUUUUUGUGGUAAAACGUUCUCCACCAGCAGUACCCUAUCGGUUCACAAAAGAACUCAUUGGGGUAAUAAGCCACAUACAUGCGACGUUUGUGCCGCAGUAUUCCAGGAGAGAACAGAGCUCGUAACGCAUAAACGUACUCAUGUCGGAGAGAAGCCUUUCAAAUGCGAAGUCUGUGACAGAAGAUUUUCUAAAAAAUCUUGUCUGGAUAAUCAUAAAAAUUGUCGUAACAUCGAGAAGCCGUUCAAAUGUGCAAUAUGUGAAAAAGAAUUCAUUUUCAACUUCGAUCUACUUCAACACGAACGUAUCCAUUCUGGUGAAAAACCACACAAAUGCGAUGUUUGUGGCAAAGAAUUUCGAUUGAAAUUUGUUCUGGUUGAUCACAAACGAAUUCAUACCGGUGAGAAACCAUUCGAGUGUACUAUUUGUUCUAGAAAAUUUCGUACUCGUCCCAUAUUGAUUAAUCACAAAAUAACUCAUAGCGGUGAUGGUAAAUCAACCUAUACUGAGAUCGGGUCUCAAAGAAAGACACGACACUAUCAAUGCAGCAUUUGUAAGAAAGGAUACAUGCGCAAUUCGGACCUUAUUCGUCAUCAACGCGUUCAUAACGGUAUAAAAUCGCACGUUUGCGAAGUGUGUGGCAAACAAUUUACCUACGCUGAUGGUCUUUUGCGGCAUUUGUAUGUCCACAACGAAAAAAUAUUCAAAUGCAAUAUUUGCCUUGAGCAGUUUGAUACCCAUGAGAAACUGAAAGUACAUCGGAUUGUUCAUGACAAGCAUGAGUGUGUUGAGUGUGGGAAAAAGUUCAAAUGUAACAGUCUUCUGAAUCAACAUAUCAGAGUACAUACUGGUGAAAGGCCGUACCCUUGUGAUGUUUGCAUCAAAGGUUUUAAGACACUUAGCGCUCUCUCCGAGCAUAAGCGCACACACGUCAAACACCCUGUUCGGCCAUUCCACUGUGAUGUGUGUGGCGCUGAAUUCACUCGAAAACCCACCUUAACUCGCCAUAAAAAGAAUCAUGAAUUACCUCCAAAUAGUAGCAUGCUAGCGAAAUCAGAACCUGACACCUCAAAUGCAAGCAUUGACGUGCAGCGGGAGGAUAGUAAAGCAGAGGAACUACAACUAAAAACGGAGAUAUUAGAAAUUAUGUUUGAAUAAACUAUUCAGCUGUUUUUCAAAGAAGGACGAAUCUAACAUUGACAGCGAAUGGGGAAAAACGUCGAGGAAUGUUUCGACUUUGGUUUCGAAUCCUAUUUAAAAAUUAUCGUAUAUUCUCAGAUAAAUUUUCGAUUACUCGAUGAACUGUUGGUUUAGCUUUCAAAUGCAGGCAAAUUUUACCACUUUC